AUAUAUGUAUAGGUAUAUAUGAAAUAGAUAAGAUAUUGAAUACGUUAAUAAAUAGUUAAAUUGGUCAAUUUUUUGGGAAAUGGAUUAGUUAUGAAAUAUAAUUAAGUAUUUAUUUCUGUUUCUAUGCAGAUAUAUUUAUGUUUCCAUGACCGAUAGUAACCAAGUCAUUAGUUAGAUUUGAAUAUAUAGAACAUUUUGGAUAUAUAUAUAUAUAGUUUUUAAAUAAAUUUUUUUAAAAAAAUGCAGAGAUUAUAUACUAAAUCAGUUGCAAAUGUGAAUACAAUUAAUAUAUCUAUUAUUGGUAUGAAUGGUUCCGGGAAGUCAGCCGUGGUCGUCAAAUAUUUAACCCGUCGUUUCAUUGUGGAAUACGCACCUUAUCUGAGUGACAGUUACACAAAAGCUGAUUCAGUCGACGGUCAUGAAUUAACAGUGAAUAUUCAGGAUACAUCUGAUAGUGAUGAAAUUGAUCUAGACGAUAUCAUUAAAUGGUCACAGGCGAUUAUUAUAUUAUUUUCUAUGACAAGUCGCCGAAGUUUCUAUCGUGCACAAGAACUUGUUGAAGCAAUUCAUUCACAAUCUGAAUUAAUGGACAGAAAGCCAAAACUAUCAGGAACUCAACAAUCGAAAUCAAACAAUUCUCAACAAAUAAAUGCAUCAUCAUCUACAUCAUUAAGUAAUUCAUCAGUCUCAACAGUAAAUCCUAAUUCUAUUAUUACACAACACAGUUUAACACAAUCUGGUUCGUUGAGACGUUCAGCUUUAUACACUAUAAAUACUGUCAAACCACCAAGUAUAAUACUUGUUGCAAAUAAAUCAGAUUUGGAACGAUUUCGAUUAGUACAAAAAGCAGAAGCUGAAGAGUUUGCAAAAUCUCAUGGAAUUCCAUAUUACGAAAUAACUGUUACUGAAACCUAUAAAGAAGUGCAAACUAUUUUUCAUGCAGCAGCUCGUCUCUGUCUUCAAUCAAAAGGUUUAAAACCACGUCAAAUGAAUGGACAGGCUACAUCAAGCGGUAAAGGUAUUCUUCCUGGUGGAAAUCCUCCCAGUGUAUUAACAAGUUUAGCAGUGUCACCAAGUCUAUUAUUACAGAAAAAAUCAACAUCUGUAUCACCUAAUCUUGAAGUAAUAACAAGUACAGAAUCUGAGUUGAAUACAACAACAACAACAGGUGGGCCUGCUUCAAUUCUUUCCAAUCUUAAAUUAAGAGCAACUAGUCCUACUUUAGCAACAAGUGGGAUAAAAGCACCAAACUCUAAUAGAUUCAUUGGAUCACAAUCUAUUCUGACUUCAAAACUACCCCCAACACCACCCAACCAAACAGUAACUCAACUUUCUUCAUCUCAACAACAGCAACAACAACAACAACAAACUAAUUCAAAACCUAUAACAACUCAAUCAACAUCAUUAACACAAACAUCAAAUACAUUAUCUCGUAAACAUCAAAGCGUAAGUAAUAGUCCAUCAUCAAUAGAACAACAAACAUCAUCUUUUAUUAUACCAGUUAAUAUGAAUCAAACAAUAACAACAUCACAAUUACAAUUGAAUAAAAAACCACCUUCUAUCACAAUUCCUCAACCAAAAAAAUCCGGUUUAAACUUUAAAUUUUUUUCGAAAAAGAAAUAGUUUAUUAUAAACAUGAAUUUAUAUUUAAUCCAUAUCAUAUUUAAUCAGUAUUUAUGCUCUUUUUCUAUGAUGGAGAUUUGUUCUCUGAACUGAAUGGUUUAGUCUUGGAGCUUUCAUCGUUCCUUCUGAAUGACAUCGUCAGCAUAAAAUUUGGGUCGAAUCACAUGUGGAAAAAUUUGAACACUUCACUUCUAUCUGAAGUUUGUGCUGAUGAUGUUGUUCAGAAGGGAUGAUGAAAGUUCCAUAACCAAACCAUUCAGUUCAGAGGACAAGACUUCAUCAAAAUCAUCCAUUUGAGCUAUAAAUCUUCUCUAUCAUCUCAAGUACAUAUAUUCAUUUAUAAUUUCGUUGUAAUUUCCAAGGAGUUACUAUAACUAUACAUACCUUCUCUUGUUAAUUAAUAUAUAUAAUGGUAUUGUUAAGUAGGUAAACGGGACACUGUACGGAUUCAUCAUUCUACUUAUUACUUCAUUGAGUAUUAUUAUUUUGUAAAUUCUAAUUGUCAUUUAAAACGAUUUUAAAUUGUACAGACAAAAUUCUAUAUCUUUAUUACACUAUUAAUAAUUAUACUAUUAUUAUCAUAUAUAUAUAUGCAAA